AAUUAAAUCGUGCCAGUUUGGGGGGCUAUUUUGUUGAAUUUGAACACUGCAGUAAGAACAAUCUAAAAAUGUAAAUAGAUAGAACGUUAGACAGAACUAUAGAGUUGGAGAUUCUCUUGAUAUAUUUGGCAAAAGUUCCUCCGUUGAGCUGCAGCAAGGAUGCAAAUACCCACAUUGAAACACACAUGCAGGAAUAAAACACAAACGUCUCGACACACUGGAUGUUUUCUAGGCGGUCCGCGCUCAAUGUAAACAAAAGCAGCAAGUGCGUGUGACCCAGGUAUUUCACUGUUUGCAGUUCCCGGAGAAGUUAGUCGACGUUUUACACUCGAAAGUAGCCAUGGCCGAUACCGCCGCACCAGCAAAGUCCCCAGCCAAGAAGAAGACCGCAAAGCCUAAGGUGCCUGCUGCACACCCCAAGUACAUCGACAUGAUCAGCGCAGCCGUUGCAUCUCUGAAAGAACGUGGUGGCUCAUCCCGACAGGCCAUUCUCAAGUACAUCAUGGCCAACUACAAAGUGGGCAACGAUGUUAACUCUAUCAACGCCCACCUGAAAAUGGCCCUGAAGAAUGGUGUUAAAAAAGGUGCUCUGAAGCAAGCCAAGGGCACAGGUGCUAGUGGCUCCUUCAAACUUGGAGACAAACCCAAGACCGAAAAGAAGCCUAAAGCCAAAAAGGUUGCCAAACCCAAGGCCGCCAAGCCCAAGAAGGCCGCCGCCAAGCCCAAGAAGCCAGCCGGUGAGAAGAAGGCCAAGACUCCAAAGAAGAAGGCCGCCGCAGCCAAGAAACCAGCCGGACCCAAGAAAGCCAAGUCCCCCAAGAAAAAGGCAGCCGCCAAGUCACCAAAGAAGGCAGCAGCCAAGCCCAAGAAGGCCAAGACCCCCAAAAAGGCAGCAGUCAAGAAAACCAAGACUCCCAAGAAAGCAGCCGCCAAGAAAUAAGCAGUUUUUGCAUUCCAGGCAGACUGUCUACCUAAAACAAAAUAUAUUAAAAAAGCCCUUUUCAGGGCUACCCACAUUUUUAGAAAAGAUGCCUCAUUAACAGUCGUUAACGAAACGCGUGUGGAUAUCUCUCAUCUGUCCUUUUAAUAAAUGGUGUUAAUAAAUUACAAAGUCAAUUAUAACAUCUGAUAAAUGCCCUCGGUAACCCACGAUAAACCUGGGAUUAUGGGAUAAAUCAUAUUAAUAUCCAGAAACACUUAGAUAAUAGCAGUCGAUAAAAUUAAAUGAUGACAGAAG